AUGUCCGCUACGCCUGCGUUUCCAUUGACCCUACCGUCGGCCGAGUCGCAGUCCGCAGAGUUUGCGUCUCGAGUGUCCUCGCUAGAUUCUUACUUCAACUCUCCUCGGUUCACCAAUGUCUCGAGGACGUACACCGCCGGCCAGGUAGUCGCUAAACAAGGCAGCUUCCGCCCCCUGCAGCAGUACGCGAGUUUAGCGUCAGAUAAGCUAUGGCGGUUGCUGGAGGAACGUGCCAAGGAGGGCAAGCCCGUACACACUAUGGGUGCGAUUGACCCGGUCCAGAUGACCCAGAUGGCAAAGCAUCAAGAAGUGGUGUAUAUUAGUGGUUGGGCUUGUAGCAGCGUUCUGACAACUGCGUCCAACGAAGUCGGCCCUGAUUUCGGGGAUUACCCUUAUACCACCGUUCCCAAUCAAGUGCAGCGCAUAUGCCGUGCCCAGCAAUUACACGAUAAGAAGCAUUACGACGAACGGAUCGCGGCCAUUAACGCAGGCAAGCAACCUCCGGAAGCGAUAGAUUACCUCCGGCCUAUCAUUGCGGAUGCAGAUACAGGACACGGCGGCCUGACUUCCGUCAUGAAACUCGUCAAGCUCUUCGCCGAGUCCGGCGCUGCAGCAAUUCACAUGGAGGACCAACUUCAUGGUGGCAAGAAAUGCGGGCACCUCGCAGGCAAAGUGCUUGUACCAGCAUCUACACAUGUCUCCCGUCUUGUAGCUAGCAGAUUUCAGCUGGACAUGAUGGAGGUGCCUAUGAUCCUCAUUGCCAGAACGGACUCGGAGUCUGGCAAACUUAUCAGCAGUACGGUGGACGUAUCGGAUCAUGAUUAUAUCAAGGGAUGCCCUACUUCCGGCCACGAGAAGCCAUUAUCUGUUCUUAUUGCGGAAGCAGAGGCUCAAGGUGCCACAGGGGCGCAGAUAGACGAGCUCGAACAAAAAUGGACGGAGGAACACACUCUGUGCACGUUUCACGAAGCGGUGGAGAAGGCUAUAUCUGCAACGCAUUUUGCUGACAAGGCAGCAACGUACCAGAAGUAUCUCAGUGCAGCGUUUGGGGGCAGUAACUCUGAAGCUCGUCAGAUCGCCAAAGAGAUUCUUGGUCGGGACGUGGAAUGGGACUGGGAUCUGCCGCGAACACGAGAGGGCUAUUACCACUACACUGGCGGCUUGGAAGCUGCGAUUCGGCGGUGCAUGGCCUUCGCACCGCAUUCGGACCUGCUCUGGCUCGAGACCAAGGAACCCAACCUAGAGCAGGCGCGUACGUUCGCUCGUCGGAUCAGGGAGAAAUUCCCCGGGAAGAUGUUUGUGUACAACUUGUCUCCAUCCUUCAAUUGGUCGGCGCACGGAUUUUCGGACGCGGAUCUCAAGAAUUUCAUCUGGGAGCUUGCUAAGGAGGGUUUUGUACUUCAACUGAUCUCGCUGGCGGGCCUGCACAGUGGGGCGGUCACAACGGCCGAGCUGGCCGCUCGGUAUAAGGAUGAUGGCAUGCUAGCUUAUGUGGAACUGAUACAGCGCAAGGAGAAGGAAAUCGGCUGUGACGUGCUUACCCAUCAGAAAUGGAGUGGAGCGAACUACAUCGACGGCAUAUUGACAACGGUGUCCUCCGGUUCUUCCAGCACCUCUUCUACAGGCAAAGACUCUACGGAACACUCAUUCUAG